UUAACCCAUUGGGGAGUAGCUUUACUUUGCUUCAAAUUUUUCUGAGCCGCGCUGUUGCUUAUUGAGCUUCAUUUGCGUAUUUUGGAAUACAAAAUUAUUUGCAAACAUGUCUCAUCGGAAUAUUGAUCACAAUUUCACACCUCUGAAUGAAAAAAUUCAUCAAACCAUUGAAUGUAUUUUAGAACUUUCGAAACAAUUGUUUGAAGAAAAAAUUAAAUAUGACACUAAAUUUGAUGAUAAUGUCAAACAACAAUUGAAAAAAAUAAUGGAAAACCUUAUUGACAGUGAACAUCGACUCAGUUUACAAUAUGAUGUUUUAAACUCAAUUAACAAUCAGAUUGAUGCCGAUGAAGAAAUUAACGAUCAGUCAUCAAAUAUUUUUGAAAAAAUUGAUAAAUACCGGGAUAUUGGAAAACUAUUCGAUGAACAUCUUCAACAAUCUCUUCAAGCCAAUCUCGUUGAUUAUAAGAAUCACAAUGGCUAUCGAAAAUUGCUUCGUUUGGUCGAAGAUGAUGAUCGUCAUGAAUCACAACAAAACACGAGCGGUGAUAUCGAAAUGAUGGAAUCUGAAGAAUUUUCCAUACCAAUUGAUCCGAUAUGUAGAACCUUGAUUAACAUACCGGUUCGUAAUAAACGAUGUGGCCAUCUUUAUGAUCAAGAAAAUUUGUUCAAUCUUUUCAGAAAAAAUAGCACAAUCAAAUGUCCUGUUACUGGUUGUUCAAAUAAAAAAGUCACCGCCAAUGAUGUUGAAGAAGAUUCUCGACUUAAAAUUUUGAUUGAAAAAGCUAGAGAAAAAGAAUGAUUGCAAUAUAAAUUCAAAUAAUUGAUUGUCAAAAAAAACAUCAAGGAAAAAAAUCACAGUUCAAGUUUCAUGAAAUAUUGUUUUUUU